GUAAAUUAUGUGACCCCUCCAACGGGGUUCUAGAUUGGUGGGCUUAUUAUUGUGCCUAAAUUGACGAUGAUUUAUGAUGAUUAGUUCUGUCCCUUUCUGACUUCUUUCUCCCUUCUCUCGUUGUUUUCUCUUUCGUUUCUUACACUCAUCUGUCUGCGACAGUCUUGCCAUUCUUUUCCAAGUCUGGGAUUCGAUAUCCAGACGUCCAUUCUUUCUAGCUCGGGAAUCGUGCUAUUAGUCUCUCAUUCAAUUGCUUCAGUAGCUGCGACAUACAACUUUUUGUCUUAUCAUUGAUAUACUUUGUUCAGCCGGACUUCUGAAAUCCAAUUCUACACAAUGAAGUACCAACGUCUCGCUUCUCUCGGCGCCGUCCUCUUCGGUGCUGCUGCUACUGUCUCUGCUAAGCACUUGGGCGGGCGUCAUGAGCACAAUCAGUGCCCCAAGGGCUACACUGUGUCCGUCUAUACUAGCUAUAGCACUGUGUACCUGACUUCCACUACUUCGGCUGCUCCAGAGAUUACCUCCACGUCCUCGCCUGUGGCUGUCGUGGACACCGCAGCUCCUGUCGACACUACCACUGCUGUUGGCGCUGAUGCCGCUUCGACUACCUCUUCUACCCCCGUGCCGACUAGCGAGGCCCCCGUCGCCGCUCCUACCCAGGCCACUGUUGCUGUCGUCGCCGAGCUGUCAACUGAGAACGCUGUUGCUGCGGCUGCUACUUCUUCCACCAGCCAGGAGGCUGCUACUUCCACAGCCCAAGCUGCUGCCAGCACCUCUUCUUCGUCUUCCAACACCUCCACCAAGUCUUCUACUUCUUCCUCCUCUGGCUCCACUUCCGGUGAAGCUACCUUCUACGGCGGCAACGUUGCUGGUGGAACCUGCUCUUUCUCCGGAUACACCUUGCCCAGCGGUCUUUUCGGUACUGCCUUCUCUGGCGCUGCCUGGAACAAUGCUGCCGAGUGCGGUGCUUGCGUUUCCGUCACUGGACCCAAGGGCAACACCAUUAAGGCUAUGAUCGUCGACCAAUGCCCCGAAUGCGCCGCCAGCCACCUCGAUCUCUUCCAGAACGCCUUCGCCGAGCUCUCCGACAUCUCCGCCGGCAUCAUCGACAUCACCUGGGAAUACACAUCCUGCGACCUCUCCGGCCCCCUGAAGCUGAAGAACAAGGAGGGUACUUCCCAGUACUGGUUCUCGAUGCAAGUUGUCAAUGCCAACGAGCCUGUGACCAAGCUCGAGGUUAGCACUGAUGGUGGUAGCACCUGGCAAAGCACUACCCGUACUUCUUACAACUACUUUGAGCAGUCUUCUGGAUUCGGCGUUGACACUGUUGAUGUUCGUGUUACGGGCCAGUCUGGCGCUACCGUUGUGGUGAACAGCGUUGGGUGCUCGUCUGGUUCGGAGAUUACUGCUUCUUCGAACCUGUGAAUGUGAUGUACAUUGGAGUAUAGUAUAUACGGGGGUUGUUGGAGUAAUAGAGAGAAUUGAAGUUUCUAAACUAUACAGAUUUAUCAUAGUGAGGUGUGAAGGAGUUGAUCAGAGUGUAUAAGAGAGGAGGAGCGACAGCUCGCGGUUUCCAAGAUUCAUGUUUCCUAAUACAGUGCUCAUAGGUCGGUAAAAC